AUGAUGGUGGGACUACUGUGGUGGAUCCUGGGAGAACGAGAUAGAGGAGCAAAGGCGUUGGCUUGCAUUGCCCGAGCUGUGAGCACUAGUCUAACAGUGGGGGAUGUGGCCAUUGUCGCCGAAGAGAGAUGGAGAGAAAAAAACAUAGAGAAAGAGAGAGGGAUGGAGGGUAUAAAGGCAUAA